CGACCGCCAACUUACAAUCCGGAGGACUACGCUGCAGGGUUGAAAAAAUUCAGCCGCCGAGUGGGCGAAAACAAGGAUGAAAGCGGAUCCAAGCAAAACGAAGCCCCAGAGGCCGAGAUGUCACUGCGACAAUUCACCGGGGUCACCGAACUCCUCACCAAACUUAAAACUGAUCUCCGUGUUGCUUACCCGAGUUUUGUGCAGGAAUUCAUCGGUGACCCACUAGAUGGAGUGACGUUGCUGCUAGACAUGCUUAAAACAAUUCAACAGAGCCAAUCGCAGAACCAAGGCCGGGGGGCCUCAUCCGCACUGCAAAGACGAAUCCUCCUGGACGAGCACGCUUGCCUCUUGUGCCUGAAAUACUGCCUCAGGUGUCAGGAUGCUCCUCGGAGGUUCGCGUCCUCGCCUGCAGGUCUCUUCACUAUUGCCGCUUGCUUCAUGAGCAAUGCAAAUAAAUCUAGGAUCCUUGCCCUUGAGUUACUAACGAAAGUGUGCGAGCACCCAGAGGCCAAAGGACAUGUACCGGUGUCGGAGGCGAUGUCAACGAUGAGACUUCGGUUUGGCGAGCCGGUCCGGUUUAGGUUUCUCGUGGGUAUGCUCAACGGUGCAUGUUUGGAUCUCAUUUGCAACGAUUUGAAGUUCAUCAACGCCUUUGUUGAAACGUCACCAAAUAUUCAAACUAAGUUUUACAUACAGGCCGAGUUGGAUCAGGCUGGCUUCAAAUUAGAAACUCUUCAUAAGAAUCUACCGUGCUCUGACGUCAUCAAGGCAGAGCUUGAGCGAUGGGAGCGGAAUUUCAUCGACGUGGAAUCAAUUUUGAUCAAGUCGGAGGAAGCAGCGAAAGAAGUGGUGGCUCUGCGCGAAAAAGUCGCUCAACUAGAGAACACGAUAACGAUGAUGCAGGAGGAGAAAUUAAAGCAGCUAGUCGUGGAGAAGAACUACAGGAAGAACCUGAAAGAUGUUGACAAACACUCAUCCAAGUUCGAAACUGACAAAUCAAUCUCGCACAUCUCAAUCGAGGACAGCAAAAUAGUCAACGCACCGGCCAAGAAUCGGAAACGACUCGAUAACGGUGACGUCACCCCUGCCGAAGACGAAGGCAUCAGCUCAUCGGAACACGAGGAUAUCGAGGUGGAGGAGCGCGUGCCUGUCAUCUAUGAGCUGAUGACACUGCAGAACGACACAAUCGUAGUGAAGAACGACACCCGAUCCUUAAACGAUGACCCUGGCAACAUCACCGUUGAUGAGGUGAUGAACGAUUUUCAGAAGAUCAUCAACGACGCAGAGAAGCAGACAAACCUUCGGUACAACGGAAAGAUGAGACUAGAGAACGGUGUUUACAGUCAAAGCAACAAGCUGAAUAACAAGAGUCUCAUCAACAACCAUAGCGACAAAAUUAUUAUCAGGAACUUCUCCGAGGAUUCAAAGAUCCCUGAGAAAAGCUCGCAGGAGGCUCUGAUCCUGGAGGAGGAGAGCGACAUCGUGCCGAGCUACAUCCUACCUCAGCCUCCGAGCAGGUGCCGGAGCCUCUACCUGCCGGAGAAGGACUACGACGACGCGAACCCCUUCUUCGACGACGACGAGGACGACCGCUCCUCCCUGCUCAACUCGACGAUCAACCUCGACGUGGACUUCGGGGACGACGUCGAGAACCACGACCAGGCCUACAACAACCGCACCCGCUACAACCUCACCGACGACACGCGGGCCCGCUACACGGCCGACAUGUGCGAGAAGAACAACCGCAAGAACGACCCGAAGAAGAGUGACCCGGGCCGGGCGCGGAUCAAGCGGAGCGACACCUUCCACAACAUCCACAACGAGAUCCAGCAGAAGUUCUACGACGUCUCGGCCAUGAUCAACCGCCGCGGGAGCUUCGACGGUCUCUUCCACAAACCCCGGGAGCCCAAGAUCGGCACCUCCAAGUCGUCCGCCUCCUCGGACAAGCGCCUCAAGUCCAAGAGCCUCGACCGGAUCGAGGACGGCAUCGAGAGGUUCAUCGACAUCGUCGUCACCUCGGACAAGCCUUCGGACUGUGACCAAUGCGACGGCAAGAGAAACAACUGCUGCCGCCGCGUCAAGAAACCGCCCGUGACGAAGCCCAUCUACUUCAACGACGUCUACAAGAACGUCUCGCGGAUCCCCUCGCGGACGGACAAGUACGGCAUCCUCAAGGACUCGAACAAAGCCAAGAGCGAGGCUUAUAGCAACGUCCGCGUGGACAAGUCGCGGCGGACCUCGCCGGCCCUCGACGGAGGCGUCCCGUACAUCAUGCCGAAGAUCUACGUGGGCACGGACCUGGGCUCCAAGGUGGACAAGCGCGACCCGAGCGGGAAGAAGGCGUCUGAGUCGGAGUUCAUCCUCAAGAGGGGCAACAAGAUCGCGGGCCUGUACUCGAACCAGUACCCGGAGUACGACCAUCCUGCGCCCAACCGACCGCGCGGGCCCGUCAAUAGAUCUCCUAGUAAUUUGAAAAGCGUCGACCUCAACUACAGGCGCUCCACACCCAAGUUGGCCGACACGCCGUCCGGUUUGUAUUGAUGCAGAUUUUGUAUAUAUUAUAUUUGGGCGCAUUUAAACGAAAGGAGUAUUUUUGCAUUGGUAGUUUGGAAAGAGACAUCGACGGUGAAACUGCAAAAACGCGUAUCUCGCUUUGUGAUGCUCUAUACUUCUUGUCAUAAUUUGUUUUUUAAAUGAAUGGGGAAAUAUUCAUGCAACACCAUUUCUUAAAAGCUACCUUUUUUCAUUUUUCUUUUUCUAUGUGAAGAAUAUUUGUUGAAAAAUUCAAGUAAAAGUGUUGGUCCAUUCUCCUUCAACAAAAUAAAAUGAAAGCGGAGAUUUCCAACUGCCACAAAUGAGUUAUGUUUUUUUGCAGUCUCCUCUGUUGAAAUUUUCACGUGGGCUUGGGGUGAAAACGGACAGCACUUGCAAGAACAACUCAAAAUUCCAUAUAUUGAACACCAAAGGUAAUUGGGGGUUUUUCUGAAGAUUCUUCCUACAGAAGUCUGUUGACUACUUUUGCGUAAUGUAAUCUCGUCUUGGACAUGAAAACUUCGGAAAAAACUCUUCUCUCUGCUUGAAGCUGAGUCAUGCUAUUUAUCGCCUCGACUUCCGUCUGCAAGUAAAAUAAAAUAAAUAAAUAAAAUGAUUUUUUCGUUGUUUUUAGUAUUUUUAAUAUAGUAAGAAUUUUAAGUUUUAGAAUUUUAAAAUUAUUGGCGAUUUUAGACAAUAGCUGAAUUGGCGUAAUUUUACAACUCUUGAGUAUAAAAUUAUCUCUUAACCUGUUUUCAAACUCUUACCCUAAAAUUCAAUCCAUCUCCUAAACAGAUUGGUUCUCUCUCGAUUCUUCCAAUGUGGAUGCAGACUUCUUUCGCAUUAAUGUGUCCAGCGCCUGGACUGUUGAAUGGUUAUUGAAUGAUUUCAUUGAUAAAUCUUUAUCUUAUCUUAUCAAUACUAUUAUUUGACCAGAGAAAUUCUGUAAUGAUUUAACAAUUUAGGCGUAUUUUUUGUAUUGCUAGGCUGAAUAUGUAAAUAGAUGUGAUUUUUGUCUCGUUUAAUUCUAAGUUGAAGGAAAGGGGAGUUCAGGGGAUUUAAGCCUCAAUAGUGCAACUCACAAAACGCACUGUUUAUAAUUUUUCACAGAGACUCAAAAUUAACUUUCGCUUGAUAUAUUCUGAUGAUUGCAUUGCUUUGAUGGUAGGGUCCAUAGCGUGAUUAAGAGCCAACUCAUUCAAAUUGCCUUCAAUUUUUGAUGUAUGCAAAUAUACGUACUUCUGGACAAGUUUUGUCGUCUACACUACAUAUUGCAGACUCUUUGUCUUAGAUUCGUGGCUCGUGGUGCAGAAUUACGACGGGAUGCUACAUUCAUCUACAAAACCCGUUUGGGAGGGAACAAAAUUAAAGACAAAUGUAGUUUCUAUGUAAUUACCAAAUGUAUUAUUGUGAGAUAAAGUUGAUUGACAUAAGUAUAUUGUAAAAUGAGAGGUUUGUUAAAUUUUAUGACAGAAAUUUGAUAAACCAACAAAGCCAAGACCUAUAGUGGUCAUUUUAGUCAUGGACGAUUCCUUAUAAUUUGAAGAUUUUGUUCAACUUCAACAGUUUCAAAUACAUGCUUAAUGUAUAAAUUAUCCUAUUUUACCUGUUAGAGAUAUGUGCAAUAAAUUUAUUUCAAUGUUUAUCCAACAAUUAAAAUGAAGCUAUGAAAAUGUU